AUGGACUAUGAAGAGGAUGAUGAUGUCUCCUUUGCAAAAUGGAUGAGCAGUUUCUGGGGACACAGUGUGACAGAUGAACAUGGACAAGAGAGUAGAGCACACAAGAAACAUCAAGCAAGAUCUUUUGAUGAAAGGAGAGCCUCCCUUCCGGCUAAGCUGUCUUCCAUCCAUAUGACAAGACUUCAUGGUUCUACGAGGACCCCAUCAACGGGCCAUCUGAAAAAUGGUAAAGAAUUGCGAAAAGAUGAGGAGACAAAUUGCUAUUGCCACAUGAAGGCAUGCAGAAAGUCCUCAAAUAGUAGUUCUUCUCAUGGGGCGAGUGGACCGAACAGCCGAUCAAACUCCAUCCAGGAGUUUUCAGAAUCUUUUGAGAGGCAACUGCAUUUCAAAAACAAGCGUUCAGUUUCUUUGGAACCUGAAGGAAUGAAAGAGCGGAGAGAAAGAGAAAAACUGCGUAUUCCCAGGUGUAGGUUUCUUAAGAAACUAGGAGAAAAGAAGGAGCCAAAAACAGAGCACGAGGAAGGAGAACACAGCGUUGAACUCCCACUUGGAAAACACAGCCAAUAA